UUUCCAUGCAGGCGGCCAUCCAUCCAUCCAUCCAUCCAUCCAUCCCUGUGGAUGCAGGAACAGCUCCGGGAGCCGUGCUGCGAGCAGGUCUCGGCUCCAGUACACCCCGUUGUUACCGAGAGGCCUCGGCCGGCUCAGGCAUCGCUUCCCCCGGCUGGCACAGAGCCACCCGCGCUGCUCCGGGCAUCCCGGCUGUUCCAGCCCUGCAGCCUGAACGCCCGGGACACCAGUUGUGACUCUCCUGUGCCUGUAGCUGGGAAUAGCCAUGUCAGCCCAAAAGGACAGAUGGGUUUCUUCCUUGGUUUUCCUUCUCUUCUGUGCUUCCUCCAUCCCAAAAUGUGGAAGUGCCAGCCUGCAGCAGGAGCCAAGCCCCCAGCACUAUUUCAGUGGCUUGGAAGCUGGAAAAACAUCCUUGGCUUUUUUCACCCCCAGUGUUUCUCCUGGUGCUCAGCCCUUCUGGGAGCAGAUUGAGAGCUCAGCUGAGGCCCUCCAGGACUAUGGUGUUUCUGUGGUGAAGGUGAAUUGUCCCAAAGAGGAUAUGUCAAGAUAUUGUGGAAAAGAAAAUGCAUUAAGGAAAGCCUUCCUGUUCAGAGGAAACCGACUGAUCCGAGAGUUCCCCACCGACGCCCUGUUUGAUGUGAACUCCAUCGUCGCCAACGUUUUGUUUGCCCUGCUCUUUAAUGAAGUUAAAUAUGUUGAAACACUGGCAGACCUUGAGAACAUUGAAAAUCUAUUGAAAGGGAAGUCCAACAUGGUCUUUGCCUAUGUACCAGCUACUGGGACAGCAGAGCACAGAGCUGUGAUGGAGGCAGCUUUUGUCUAUGGGACCAUCCACCAGUUUGUCCUGACAACUGAGGCAGCACUGCUGAAGGCCACUAGCCACGAUGACCCCGAUGUCUCUUCUGCCUGGCUCUCGUUCUGCCACUGCCAGCGGGCCACAGAGGCAGCCCAGCCCUGCAGGAGGACAGCCCUGGCACAGCCCCUGACCCUGCUCAGCAUCCACAGGCACCUCAAGCUCAUGGGGGCUCCCUUGGUGACAGAGGUUGCUGAGGACCCAGAGAAGAUCUCCACUGUUCACUUGCAGCUCGGGCUGCCCCUGGUGUUCAUCCUGAGCCAGAAAGAGACCUACGAGGCUGACAGGAGGACAGCAGAGUUUGUGGCCUGGCAGCUCUUGGGGAAAGCAGGAGUUGCCCUUUUGUCCAGGGACCUCGUAGAGCUGAACGUUCUGCACCGGUCAAACGUUGCCCUCAAGACACCAGAUGAGGGAAUGCCAAUCCAAUACCUGGUCUUGGAAGACACUGAUGAAGUUAUAACCCUGGUGGAAGAUAAGAACAAGGUCAAACAAAUCCAGGAGGAUGAGCAGGAGGAGGAGGAGGAAGAUGAAGAUGAGAAAGAGAAUAACAAUCAAGAUAUUCAGGAUGACCAGGUGGUGGAAGCAGUUACCAGGGACAAGAAGAGAGAGCUGCCCCUGGAGCAGAUCCUUGUCCUGACAGAGGAGAACUUCCACUCUUCCCUCUCAGAGGCUGCUCGUACAGUGGUGCUGUUUUAUGCCAGCUGGGAAGCUGUGUCCCUGGCAGUGCUGCGCUCUUACUCCGAGGUGGCCGCUCACCUGAAGGGAGCCCCAGGGGUUUUGCUGUCCCGGGUGAACUGCUGGGACUGGCCUGGCCUUUGCUCCCAGGAGAAUGUCACCCAGUUCCCCACCAUCAGGAUUUACAAGGAGGGACAGCAGUCAGUGACAUAUGGUGGCAUGUGGGAAACCGAAGAGCUGAGCAGCUUCAUCCUGCUGAGCCAGGUUUCCUGCCCACUGAAGCUGGCCACGAUGGAUGAAGCAGAAGGAUAUUUAAGAGGGGAGUUUCCAUCUGAGCUCUCAUCCCACCACCACACCUCACUCCUAGGAGUUUUCAGCUCAGCCACCAGUGAAGCCAGGGAAGCUUUUGAAGAGGCAGGAAACAUCCUAAGUGGCCACGUAAGGAUGGGGAUGUAUUUUGAAGAUGAUGCCUUGUCUUUCUUUUCUGUGAGUACCUGGAACCCUCUUGCCAGAAAGGCAUUGUGGAACAAAGGAUCAUCUGACUACUCCACCAACAGUGGAUCCCGAAAAUACUCCGUGUCCCCCCCUGCCCUCCUCCUGACCCGGAGCGGUGGCCGGAGCGUGGAAGGCAUCGCUCUGUCCAAACACAGCGUGCAGGACAUGGUGCAGAUCAUCAGAUAUGAACUGCUGGACAUUUUUCCAGAAAUCACCGUGCCAAAUCUGCCCCAGUACUUGCAGCUCGGAAAGCCCUUCCUCAUCCUGUUCCGUGCUGGUGACAUCAGUCAGGUGGAAAGCAGGGAGAUGCUGAAGCUGGCAAAAAGAAGACCCCAGCAGGCGUUUGUGGCUUGCUGGUUGAACCUGGAGAAGACUCCAGUGGGAUAUGGGAUCCUGAGGACUUACUUUUCCACCACUCCUCCCUUGCCUGUUCUCCUCUGGGUGAACUUCCAUGCUGGAGGUCAGGUGUUCAAGUUCCCCUCAGAGCAGUCCAUCACUGAGAUGAACAUCUUGUCGUGGCUGGAGAAGCUCCAAGCAGGACUGGAGAUUCCCAGCAGCACCUUGUCUGAAGAGGACUGGAAGCCACCACUCCCUGCUUAUGACUUCCUCCAGAUGAUGGAGCCAUCCGUGCCUGAGCUGUCCCCCCACCCUGGGGACACCCCAGCGCAGCACCCGCCCAAGAGCCCUGGAGGGGACCCUGCCCGAGGGGACCCUGCCAGCCGGGAGGAGCCAUCCCAGCAGAGCGCGGCGGAGGAAGUCGGUUCCCCUGGGAGGGGCCUGCGGGGGACGGCCCCGAGGCUGGCAGCGAGGGACAAGCAGGGCAAGAGGCACGGCGAGCUCUGAGAGCUGGGCUGGGGAAAGGUGUGGGACUGCCCUGCAAAGCCUGGCACUUCCCCAGCCUGUUCUCCGAGGAGAGAAGAGGUUUCAGCUGUCAAGGAAUGGUGAAAGGAAAGGCCACUCCCUGCUGCUGAGUGCUGGGGGCUUCUGAUGCCAGGGACGUGUCUGUACAUCCCAUUUGUUGUUCCCUGGCUGCUGCUGGGAGCUCAUCAAGCAACAAGUUACACUGGAAAAGACAAUUCAGCCCUGCUCUGUAGAUUCCCCAAAUCUCAGAGUCACUUCAGUUGCCCCUGAGCAGGAAGGGGUGAGUGAUUCCAAGAUAAAAAGCCCAUUUCUCUCCUCCCUGGUUGCAGGAGAAGCUCUACUGAUGUGUGACAGAAAAUCCUGCAAUUCCAUCUGCAUUGGAACCGUGUGGAGCCAGCAUCCCACCACUCCAGGGCUGCUCCAACCAACCCCCAGUUGUGUUUACACCUGACUUGUGACCCAAAUUCGUGAGCGUGUUCAUCCUCACAGCGGGAGAAGAGGAGGAUCUGGUCAAAACAGAUUUAUUCCAGAGGCCAGAGCUCAGGUCACACAACAGUCCUGAAUAGCUGGGACAAAACUCUGCCAGCAAAUCCCAAGGGUGGGCAGGUUGGGAGAUGGCUUUCCUCACUGCUGGCAUUUUCUUGGUCACAAGCCCAGGGGGCUAUUUGCAGCCUCAAUUUGUCUUUGCUCUCAGUGACUGGAAUGAGGCUGGUGCCUCCUGAGCUGGGAAUGGUGCAGGGAGCAAGGUCUGGGGAAAGCUGAGUGCUGUGGAAGAGGGGAGGGUGAUGAAGGGCAAGGCUGGACCCUUCCAAGGUGGGAUGGAGCUGCUUCACAUCCAAAACUUAAGUGGGGAGCUGCAAAAACUGGGGAAGUGGAUUUCCAGCCUCUGCACAUCUCCUGGGGACAAGAAAUGGCAGCAGGUUGAAAGCAGAUGGCCUUUGAAGUCCCUUCCAACCCAAACCAUUCUAGGAUUCCAUGACCAUCCCUUCAAUGAAAUUUCCCUUCCACAGCACUGCUGAGAUGUGCUGGGAAACUCAGAUCCUCUUCCAGUCCUUAGAGCUCUGAAAUUACUGGGAAGAUGAAAAAAUCCUGGUAAGGGACUGCUGAGAGCAUUGCAAACUCAGUAUUUCUCAACCUGCAAGCAGCACACAUGGCUGUGAGUCUUUUGAAAUACCCAGAAAUAGAUUAUUAGUCCUGAGCUGUCCUGGAAGCCCUUAAUUGAGAGAGACCAUUUUUGGACUGAGUGACAGGCUUUGAGCCAAAAUGUAUGUAUUCAAAGGAAUAAAGUGCAGCCUGCUGAUCAAAGGCAUUAUUCCCAAGGGAAGGGUGUGAGCAGAUCCUUCGUGUGUUCCCAUCAUUCCUCUGCUCCAUAAGGUCCUUAUGCUGCUGAAUUCCAUAAACUGAACAUUGCUCAUUUCCCAUCCUGUCACUGGUCAUCAGCAUUGAAUCCCAGAAUGGGUUGGCUUGGAAGGGACCUCAAAUCCCAUCUCAUCCCACCUCUGCCAUGGGCAGGGACACCUUCCACUAUCCCAGGCUGCCCCACAUCCCAUCCAGCCUGGCCUUGGACACUUCCAGGGAUUCAAGGACAGCCACACUUUCUCUGGGCACCCUUUGCCAGGGCUUCCCCACCCUCCCAGCCAGGAAUUUCUUCCGAUUAUCCCAUCUCACCCUGCCCUCUGACAGUUUGAAAUGCAAUAAUUGGGUUUUUCAUUGCAUCCUAAAUAAACUCCAUCUCCAGUA